AUGGCUGCAGAAAAUAGAAAAAAACUGAAAUGUGAUGGUUGUACAUACAAUAAAACACCAGCACCUACUACAAUACAGGUAAAUAUUCCUAUUGAAAAUUCUUUUCAUUCUCUCAGUGACAUAGAUACGGAAACUUCACAAGAAUCUAUAUACUAUAUUACUCAAAGAAAAAAACAAAAACAGACGUCCCGAGAAAACCUGUCUACAUCGUAUUGGUCAAGAAACUCAAAUAGUCUUCCAGAUCUCAGUCAAAUAAUUAAUAGUGAUAAUUUGCAAGUACUAAAAUUGGAAUUGAUGAGAUUACAAACAGAACUCAACAUAGCUAACAAUGAAAUUAAAAACUUAAACGCAAUAAAUACAGAACUAAAUAAGAAAAAUCAGGAGCAAGAGAAAAUUGUAGAAUUAUACAAAACUAUAAAUGUAGACGAAUUAAAUCCUAGUAAAGUUCUAACUAACUCAUGUAUGUCAACUCCGCUCGGUAAUCAGUCCGAAAAAGUUAAGAGGUAUCCCUCUUGCAAAAAAGAAUUUCCAUUGGCAGAAGCCUGUAAUAAAAACACAUUGAUACAAUACCCAUACAUGAGAAUAAAAGGGACUUCACCUCAAGAAACAACAUAA